CCAAAUCCACGCCACAUAAACCGCUGCUGUUUCGACUGCCUCGCCAACUCCCACCAGUGACUGGGAAGGAAGACACAAGCAAUGGCUUUCUUUAGCUCAACACCCACAGCAUAUUUUAGCCCUUUCAGCCCUCGAAAUGAGAUUUCCCUUCCUUCCUCACCCUUUAAGCCCCUUAAACUCCCAUCCUAUUGGCCAUGGGAAAAGGUGAAGAUUGGCCCAAUGAGCAUAUCUCCAAUGGGGUUUGGAACGUGGGCAUGGGGCAACCAGCUUCUAUGGGGGUACCAGGAAUCAAUGGACACUGAGCUUCAACAAACUUUUAACUUGGCAGUGGAUAACGGUAUCAAUCUCUUUGAUACAGCUGAUUCUUAUGGGACUGGCAAGUUGAAUGGGCAGAGUGAAAAGCUUCUUGGGAAGUUCAUCAGGGAGCUUCAGGGGAAAAAGCGGGUGCAGGAUGACAUUGUGAUUGCUACCAAGUUUGCGGCAUAUCCAUGGCGCUUAACAUCACAGCAGUUCGUGAAUGCUUGCAAGGCCUCUUUAGAUCGGAUGCAGAUCAAACAAAUUGGAAUAGGACAGUUGCACUGGUCAACUGCAAAUUAUGCUCCUUUGCAGGAGUUAGUUCUUUGGGAUGGUUUAGUGGCAAUGUACGAGAAGGGUUUAGUUCAAGCAGUUGGUGUGAGCAACUAUGGACCAAAGCAGCUUCUAAAGAUACAUGAUUACCUGAAAGCCAGGGGAGUCCCCUUAUGCUCUGCUCAGGUGCAAUUUUCUUUGCUAAGCAUGGGACAAGAUCAAUUGGAAAUCAAGAAGAUAUGUGAUUCCCUGGGCAUCCGCUUGAUUGCUUAUAGUCCACUAGGGCUUGGAAUGCUUACUGGGAAAUAUACACCCACUAAACUUCCACGCGGACCUCGGGCCUUGCUCUUCAGGCAAAUUCUUCCAGGAUUGGAGCCUUUGUUAAGUUCACUUAGAGAAAUUGCACAAAGGAGGCGCAAAACCGUAUCACAAGUCGCUAUAAACUGGUGCAUUUGCAAGGGCACUAUUCCAAUACCUGGGAUUAAGACAGUAAAACAAGCAGAGGAAAAUUUGGGAGCUCUAGGUUGGCGACUUAGUUCAGGCGAGUUGGUGCAGUUAGAAAAUGCAGCUCGUGAGUCUCCCCAGAGGAUGAUCCAGAACAUUUUUCAGACAAGAUGAAUUUGUAUAAAGAAUAAAAAGGUGAAUCCUGCACAGAUGAUUCAAAAGCCCAGGGGAGAGAGAGAGAGAGAGAGAAGCAGAGGAAGGAGAUUUCAAAUCACUCUCAAGGCUUGUGAAGAUAUCUUCCAGCAAGUAAUGCAGCUUUCAUGACAGCAGAAAUAACAUCAACCACCUCAUCAACGUGGCAUUUGUUCCCCUUGAACGUAUGGACCUUUGAGUUUUUGAAUUUAGCCAUACAGUUGAGGAGGUUUUGGCUGCA